GUGUUGUGAUUACUGCUACGACUUUUGGACGGAUUUGUAUUGUUAACAUAAAUGUCAGUGUAAGAAAAUGAUUAUUAGCAUUUAUUUAUGUAAUAAACAGUAGCUAAAUGCUUUUUAGUGGUGUACAUAGGAAUUAAAUCGAUAGAAAUGUUUGAAAAUUUCAGAGAGAAACUGCAGACAGUGCAGCAGGACUUCACUUCAGGAAUAAAGACCCUGAGUGACAAGUCCAAGGAGGCCAAAGUAAAAAAGAAACAAAGAAGAGAAGAAUAUCUUCCUCAGUAUUCAGCUGGUCUGGAACUGUUAAAUUGCUAUGAAGAAACAUGGGUGUCAAUGCACAAACGAUCAAAAGAAUGCACCAAGGCUGCAGAGGCAGUGGAUGGGGAGGUGGUGAUGCUCUCUGCUCACUGGGAGAGGAGAAGAGGAGCUCUGCUAGAACUGCAAGAACAGUUACAACAGAUUCCAGCCUUUCUCACUGACCUGCAAAACAUCACAGGCCGAAUUGCUCAGCUCGAGGCAGAUUUUGAGGAGAUGGAAAGUCAUCUGACGUAUUUAGACAGUCUUUGCAGCCAGUGUGAGCUUCAGCGCUUCAAGCACUUACAGAUCCUGCAGCUGGAGAAUUAUAAAAAAAAGAAAAGAAAAGAACUGGAAGCUCUAAAAGCGGAGCUUGAUGCUGAACACGCCCAAAAGGUUUUGGAAAUGGAACAUGCACAACAAGCAAAACUAAAGGAAAGACAGAAGUAUUUUGAAGAAGCCUUUCAACAAGACAUGGAACAGUACCUUUCAACAGGCUACCUACAGAUCGCUGACCGGAGAGCGUGUCCAAUAGGCAGCAUGUCCUCUAUGGAGGUGAACGUAGAUAUGCUGGAGCAGAUGGAUCUUACCGAUGUGUCUGACCAUGAGGCUCUGGAUGUCUUUCUCAAUUCUGGUGGUGAUGAUAAUACCGUCUCUCCAUUCAAAGCUCCAGACCCUGACAUCAGCCUGGAGGUUCAGAAACAGAAACAAAUCAUGUCGUCCGUCUCGUCGUCCUGCACGGACUCGUACAGCGGCGUCACCGAGGGGCCGGAUGAGGAGGAUGAUGAUGCCAGUGACGAGAGCAGCGAGGCUAGACACUCCCCGCUGGUGCAGUGUGAUGAGGAGGACGUGCAGGCCGACACGGCUCUUGUGGGCCUUCAGGAAAGCGACGAGCAAAUUAAAAACUCAGAUGACAGUGACACACAGACGCCCUAGUGCUCUGAAGAAAGGUAAUAAGGUGUUAGACACGUGGGUACAAGACUUAGCCGAGUUGAACAAUUGCUAAACCGGAAGUCCGAGACAUUUUUCUGUUGACCUGGAACAGAAUUAUCUGAACUCGAGGCAAAGCUUUGAGAUGAACUGACUCGGUUCAGAGAACAUUAGUCUGUUUUUCAGCACUGUGAUUUUCAUGAAAUAAUACUGUUCAUUAUAUGGCACACUUCCUAUAUUAUAUAAAAGCAUAAAGCCUCUGAAAUUAUAAAAUAUUUACUGGAAAAUAUAGAAUGAUAGUAAAAUUAAUAUAGUACAAUUAUUACACGUAUAUAGAAUGACUUUUUUGUGUUCUUCGGCUCAUUUGUGCAACAAGAUCAUGGUGAAUCAAACUGUACCUAAUUUAACGAUCUAUUUAAGAUUUAAGAGUUCUGAUCAAAUGCUCAGCUCACAAAGCUUGUGUUUUUCUUCCAGAUCUUGAAUAAAAUGGCUGUCUACAUUUA